UGGAUUCUCUUUAGUUUUUCCCUCACUCGACUAUCCAGAUACCAAGCUUCCAGCCGUGGUGUUCUUUUACUCACGGCCGAUCCUACAGUCAACCUCUGAGCAUCCACCUGCACGGACGGAGGUACUCGACCUCACGGCAUCCGGCGUAGUGACAUGAACGGCAUUUCGUGACUUUUAUCUUGUGUUUUUGCCUUUUUUUGGCACUUUUUAUCUUUCAAACAUAUUUUUUAUCGUGUAAAGUUCUACUUUAACUAAUUAAUUAUUUAAAUAAAAAGUAUCAAAAUAAGUUAACCAAAAUGUUGCUUUAUUCAACGGUGAGAAGCUUAUUUAGCUUUUUCUUGAUUAUUUUGAUAAGUCAAGAUCUGGUGAAAGCUUCUCAAAAAUGCAAAGGAAAUGGAGUUGGACUCAAAUAUCUUUGGGGAGAUGCUCUAACCGAUUCCAGCGAUUGUAUAGGACCAAAUAAUAUUCCUUAUCCUUCAGCUGCAAUAACCCGGAGCUUUAAAAGCUUAUGGACAGGAAAUAGUCGAACAGGAAGGGCAUUUUCUCAGAACCGGGUGACAGAUCCAGAAGUGACAAGACAAACCCUUUUACAUAAUUAUAAAGUAUCUCGGGAUGAUUACACUCUAAGCAACGACCGGAACGGUCGAAGUUUCAGUUCGAAAGAGACUUGUGGAUCACCCAGUAGACUUUGUAAAACCCGCUAUAACACCACGGCACCGAUGUACGGGGUCAGUCUCACCAGCGGGCAACCAGUUACAAUUGUGCAAAAAUUCCCCGACCUACUGCAGCAAGUCGUCUUCGAGGUUUGCGAGUCCAAAGAGUGUGAUGUAGUACAUGGGGAAUGUACUCAAACAUAUGUUCCUUAUUUAUUUCUGGUAAUACCAUUGGGCCCGGUUACACUAACAGGCCAAGAUUAUGUCCUCGUAGAAAGUGGAUGUGUUUGUAAACCGAAGAAUUCAAUGAUAACAGCAUCAGAAGCACCAUUAAUACCCAACUUGUAAAAAUAUUUAUUUUAAUCAUAAGAUUAAUGAUGAUAAUGAUGAUGUUCAUAAUUAUUUACUGCAAAGUAAAUCAAAAAUGUAACGAUGUCACCUUUCUGUGAAAGGAACAUUGCUCAAAUUGGAGUUACUAUGUAUUUGUCGAGUAAUUUUAUUUACUUAUCUUUUUUCUACCAUAAUCACGCGGUUCUUGACCCAAACAAUCCUCGAGGAUCACUGACGCGUAUUUCCCACGCUCAAUUCUCUACUCUACGAAUUACUUCGUAUGCGACUUGUAACGGUCCUUGCGGAAAUUGCAAUGAUAACUAGUAAAGUAGGAAGAAGAGAGUAUGGGAAGGGCAGAAAAAAAAUAAUAGUAAGACUAUUAACAACAAUAACUCCGUCUUAGAUGCCUGAUAAAUUCUGAAAAGAUAUCCGGUGUUUUAAAAUGAAAGACCCAGAAGAUAAAGAAGAAGAAGAUUUUAAAAGUGUUAAACAAUAUUAAAUUUAAUAAAUAUAUUAAAUGAUAUAAAGAAUAAAUAAAGACUGUUAUUUUGAAUAAAAAUGUGUUAAUGGAAUGUGUAGAAAAGAACCAAGUCAGGUCGCUUACAUACGCUACUGGCCCGCUUAUUUAAAACCGGACUUUGGAGACGUGGAAGGACUAAGUAAAGCCGCGCCUACUGAGAAGCCGAUGAACGAUGGAUAAUCAUUGAAGGAAUUGAUGAGAGAAAGAGGGGAAGACUGAUCAGAUGAUCCUCUUACUUAAGCGAACCUGUGUAAAUUCUCUUUUCUUUAAGUGGACGUGCUUGAAUAGACUCAACUUGGCAUUGCCGGCCGAAUGGUUCGCACUAUGAAUUCCAAUGAAUGUAAUGAACCGUUAUUUCUCUACAAGAUCAUUCACCUUGACUUACGCAUCAGUGAAUCGCUGUGAAUCAUCAAAAUUGACGUGACACAUUAUCAAUAAUGAUUUGCAUUCAUAGACUCAUUAAUAUUCUAAUUUACGAGAAGUUUAUAUAUUUUGUGUAUUGAAGCGAAGAAAGAGGAUUAUGUUACAAUGAUCUUUAAAAAAAUUUCCAAUUUUAAAGUUUUAUUUUUCAAAAUUCUGUUUUUUUUGCUCAAUUUUAUACAUGUUACAUUAAUUUUAUUCUUCUUUUAUUUAAUUAUGAUGUUUAUCUUUUUUUUCGCUUCAAAGGAGAUGAGAUGUUUAAUAAUUAUGGAUUAUCGAUAAACACUAGGGCAUGAAUAUUAUUUCUUGUAAUUAUAUUUAUUAUUAUGAUGCAAAAACAUGAAUUUAUUAUCGCAUAGAGGUUUGUGCUGCUGUAUCAAUUUUCGU